CUGGUCAUCACUCAAAGCUGAAAAUGAGCAGAAACUCUAUGUCCAAAGGUAGUGAGCUCCGUAGAGGAGACAGCCUUGUGUCCAACAAUGGACAGUACAAGGCCAUCUUCCAGGAUGAUGGAAACUUUGUCAUCUAUGGCUGGAAGGCCCUGUGGGCCUCAGACACUGAGACAACCGGAGCUGCCCGCUUGUGCAUGCAGGABGACUGCAACCUGGUCAUGUACAACCAGGCGGACGCCCCUCGAUGGCAGACCAACAGUCACAGGGACGGCGACAACAUGUGUCAUCUUCAGCUGACUGAUGACGGCAAACUGGUCAUCUUCAAACAUGCAGAACUAAUCUGGAACUCUGCCAACUCAAAGGGCAUGAAGUGAAAAAUUAUGUGAGUUUUCUGCUUCAUAAAGUCAUUUUUGACAGUAAUUUCUAGAUUUGGAGCCAAAUUUGACUUUGUUUUGAUGCUAUCAUGCAGUUCUGUUGUAAAACUCAAAGRAGAAAUAAACAGUAAAACUGAAAGAGAA